CAAGACAUUCACAAGAAAUCGAACUACACAGAGGUAUCCUUAACUAUUUAUUGACGCUAAAUGACUACUGUUUAAUAUUAAAUUUAAAAUGAUAAAUUAUGCGUUUUUGGAAACAAAACUCAUCAUUAUUAUUGUAAAUAUGGACACUAUUAAAAUAAAUAAUUGAUUAUUUUGCAGUAGAUGUAAGUGUGGAUCUUGUUUUUUGAUUCGCAAUAUAUAACGUUGCAAUACAUUGUUUUAGUUUGUAUAUUAUUGGCAAACCUAAUGCUUAACCAACCAAUAGAAAUACUCUCUUUCAUUACACUAACGUCUGAUGAUGAAAAUGAUGACAAUCCAGCGGCAUCAGAAAAUGUAAAUAAACAUAUCUCGGAACGUCUAUAAGUUUGAAGAAUAUUGCUGUUGGGGAAGGACUGCCAAUGACUGCAGCACACAGAGUGAGAGCCAAGGACGCCCAUGUUUUCCUCCACAGCUCCACCACAAAGACAAAAAAAUGCAUAAAUUAUAUGAGAAGUCGUACAUUGAAGCAGCCACAAGAAGAUGUAUUACAUAUAGGACGUUCUGCAUGUGGCAUGAGCUUUUGUCCAAACAUCAAGAAUAUUGCUGUUGGGGAAGGACUGCCAAUGACUGCAGCACACAGAGUGAGAGCCAAGGACCCCCAUGUUUUCCUCCACAGCUCCACCACAAAGACAAAAAAAUGCAUAAAUUAUAUGAGAAGUCGUACAUUGAAGCAGCCACAAGAAGAUGUAUUACACAUAGGACGUUCUGCAUGUGGCAUGAGCUUUUGUCCAAACAUCAAGAUCGCCACUCCCCAAGAGGAUGUGUGUUUGAAACGUGCGAGUUGGUACGGAAAGGGGUUGCUGAUGCCACGACAGACGACGAGAGAUGGCUACUGCGUCAGAUCUCGAGAGAUACAUCAAUGUCACAAGAAUAGAGAACAAGGUGUACAAAGACUGCGCAACUGCUGCUAUGGACGAAUUGAAGGCCACGGGCCGUCCAACAGAGCCUGUCCAGCCAUGCUCAACUAACUUUCAGCAUGUACAUAACGCGUUCAAUUUUGCUCAGAACUUGUGCCUGCCACACCCCAGUCGCCAGAUUGGACCUAUGUACUUUGUCACUCCUAGAAAAGUUCAUUGUUUCGGGUUUCGGGGCAACGCCCUUCCGAUUAAGUACAAAUUUCUAAAAGUGCAGGAUGGAGGCGGCAUACAUGGGCCAGAUGCUGUAAUCUUGCUCUUGGAUUACCCUCUGACAGAGUUUGUGCACGGGAAACGAGUGACUACUCUUCAUGUGGA